AUUAACUGAUAGUUAAUACAAAGACAUUAUUCGAGAACGCGCUAGGAAGCGGGUGCAAGUUUUCACCUGAAAAAUUACAGUUAAUGUUCGCGUUUCUAACAGUGAUUCCCUAUAUCACCUGUGACUAAUUGUAGACUGUGACAGAUUCUGUCUUUGUAAAUUUUGUUAUUUAUUUUUUUUUUGCUAUAAUCGCUACGAUUUUUAUAUUCUUUUCCUUAUUGGUAUUUAAUCAAGAAGCUGAGACGCGAUUUUUAAAUCUGUUUCACAAAGUGCUACGUUGCACGUCCGCAAGUUCAUGUGAUGAGCCUUGUGCACUCGCUGUGGGUUGUUCUGAUAAAUUAAACGUUUCCUAAUCCCAGACCAAUAUAUAGUUACUAUGGUCCAAUUACGGCGCCAGAUUUUAUCCUGCGGGACUUUACUGAAUCAAUUUCAAACUAAUGUUAGAUGGAAUUCGUCUUUACAAAUCAGAGAUAAGAAAGUAAUACAACCGGAACGCUCUUUCAAGUAUGCAGAUUUAUCGGUCCGUCUUGCAGGACCUGAGCAAUUACAACCCAAACCCAAUGUCAGUGAUCUGUUGUUUGGUAAAUAUUUCACAGAUCAUAUGUUAAAAAUAUUUUAUCACGAGGCUUUGGGAGGAUGGCAGGUGCCAGAAAUUACACCGUUUGAAAAUCUAGUCCUUCAUCCAGCAUCAAAAGUAUUCCAUUACGCCGUAGAGUUGUUUGAGAGUCUGAAAGCUUACAGAGGUGUAGAUGGAAAAAUACGAAUUUUUAGACCACAAUUAAAUAUGGAACGAAUGAAGAAUUCAGCAAUACGAACUGGCUUGCCUACUUUUAUUGGGGAAGAACUAAUCAAAUGUUGUUGUAAAUUAAUUAGUAUAGAUCAAGAAUGGGUACCCCAUUCUACUGCUUCUAGUCUCUACGUACGUCCAACUUUUAUAGGUAUAGAUCCCAUGCUUGGAGUGACAUCGUCAGAGUCUGCCUUGCUAUAUGUUAUUUUAUCACCUGUGGGUUCCUAUUUUAAACAAACAGGUGAACACGUUGGUGUGUCUUUACUAGCAGAUCCUCGGUACACAAGAGCAUGGCCAGGUGGUUGUGGUAACUACAAAGUAGGUAGCAACUAUGGUCCCACUAUUUACGUACAAAGAGAAGCCAUAGAAAAGGGUUUGCAGCAAGUGCUGUGGCUCUAUGGAGAAAAUAACGAAGUUACAGAAGCUGGGACUAUGAACAUCUUUAUGAUCUGCAUAAAUGAUGAUGGAGAGAAAGAAUUAAUAACACCAUCUUUAUCAAAUGGAUUAAUACUUCCUGGGGUUACCAGAAAUUCUAUUUUAGCAAUAGCUAGAGAAUGGAAUGAAUUCAAAGUUACAGAACGAACAUUCUGUAUGAACGAAGUUUGUCAAUUGCUUUCAGAAAAUAGAUUACUGGAACUCUUUGGAGCAGGAACAGCCUGUAUAAUCAGUCCUAUAUCGUACAUUGAAUUUAAUGGUCGACCAUUACACAUACCAACAUUGGAGCAUUCAGAACCUCUUUAUAAAAAGUUUUUAAAACAAUUAACGGACAUACAGUAUGGUGUUAUACCGGACCAUCCAUGGGCUAUACCAAUCGAAUGAAAAUAGAGUAAUUUAUUGGUUCAUUUAAUAUAUAUCUAUUGCUCAGGGUGGAUCUAUAUAGAUGAAUGUUAGCAUUCAUUAUAUUUACAAUGCUGAGUGAUUUAUGAAAAUUCAUUAUAUUUAAAUUCGUUAUAUUUAAACUGCAGAGUGAUUUAUGAAAAUUCAUUCAAUGACAAUCAGUGAUUUAUGAAAAUUCAUUCAAUGACAAUCAGUGAUUUAUGAAAAUUCAUUCAAUGACAAUCAGUGAAUUAUGAUUUUUAUAUUGUUACUUUUACAAACUAAGCAUAAGCGACUUUCUUAGAAAUAUACAGGGUGUUCGGUAACUGGUGGUACAAGCGAAAAGGGGGUGAUUCUACAUGAAAAAAAAAAAUCUAAAAUAUAGAAUAAAAAUUUUUCAUGCGAGGCUUUGUUUUCGAGAAAAUCGGUUUUGAAUUUUCGUCGAGUACGCGCACGCUUGAUCAUGUCUUGUUAUAACGGAUCUCGCUGUAGAUCAUUGUCUCGAUUGAAGUUUAUGUUGAUAAACACUUCCAGUGUCACGGAAUUGUUUAUUAACUUAAACUUAAACUUAAACUCUAAGAAUACCCAUCGAGACAAUCAUUUAUAGCGAGAUCCGCUAUAACGAGACAUGGUUAAGUGCAUGCAUAAGUACUCGGCGAAAAUUCAAAGUCGAUUUUCUCGAAAACAAAGCCCCACAUGAAAAAUUGUUAUUCUAUAUUUUAAACUUAUUUUUUCAUGUAGAAUCACCCCCUUUUUGCUUGUACCACCAGUUACCGAACACUCUGUAUAAGAAAUGAAAACAUUUGUCUGAGAUAAAAUUCAGGGAUUAACACUUUAUCAUUGUUGACGAAGUAAUUGUUCAACGUUAAAUUUUAAAAAUAUAGAUGAUAAUUUGUAUAUAAAUGUAAAAAAAUGCGUGUAUAUAUGUAUAUGUGUGUGUGUACAUGUAUGAACACGUAUUAUUCGUUGAACGAAAAUUUGUACUUAGCAUGAAGCGUAUGAUACUAUAUGUAUACGUAUAAAUAUAUAUUUUUUUAGAUUAAUCAUUACUUUAUUUGAAAGAUAUCAUUGUAAAAAUUAGAUAGUGAAAAUACAUGAUUCUACGGCUAAGGGAGAC